UCCAGCAUGGAAGAAACAACAGAAAACACACAUGGUUGUGGGGAUAUCUCGGGUCCAGGAGAAGACAGAUGCUCAGAUAAUGAUUUUGGACCUUCAAAACUCGGAACGAGGCAAUAUUGGGAAGAUGCAUACCAAAAAGAACUUGAGACAUUCAAAGACAUUGGGGACGUUGGUGAGAUUUGGUUUGGCGAGGGAAGCAUGAGCCGCAUUCUGCGAUGGAUGGAGAGAGCCAACAUUCCAGAAAAUACUGCCAUUCUUGACAUUGGCACUGGAAAUGGAGCCCUUUUAGUUGAACUGGCGAAAAGCGGGUACAGUAAUCUGAUGGGGAUAGAUUAUUCUCCAGCAUCUGUAGAACUGGCCAAAAAUGUCCUGCAGGCGGAGGACUUGACAGAUGUGACUGUAAAGGAGGUGGAUUUCUUAAACUCACAAGGGGAACUAAAGGGUUUUGAUGUCUGCAUCGACAAAGGAACUUUUGAUGCAGUAAGCCUAAACCCAGACAACACCAACCAGGUCAAACAACUCUAUGUAGAAGCUCUUAAAGAUGCUCUUAAGGACCAAGGACACUUCGCUAUUACUUCCUGUAACUGGACAAAAGAGCAGCUGCUAGAUCGAUUCAGUGAUGGAUUUGAAUUUGUACAGGAGUUGCCCACACCCAGUUUCCAGUUUGGAGGCAAGAAGGGCAACAGUGUGACAGCACUCAUCUUCAAGCGAGUACAUUGAUUGUCAAAGCACCAGCAUAGGAGGAAAUUUGUCUUUUUACAUGUAUGUCCCAUUAACUCAGCAGCUUUCUGUUUAACACAGGAAAUCAUAGAGCCCCUACCAUUACAUAACAACAUUAUCAUACAGGAAGCGAUUAUUUUAAAAAUGCUGUGUAACGAAGCAGACGUAUGGUGCCAUAGAGUGGGACAGUUCUUUUGCAAUAAAUGAAUCUGUUUUUGUAUUGUUCCUGUUGUGUUAUCUUUACAAUCAUCUAAGGUGGUAAAGGCUCCUGAUGAUCUUUUUUUUGGUAAUGUAAUAAAUUUACAGAGACAGUAAACAGGAUUAUUUAAUCAAUUUGUUUCAAAGUUAUUUACAAACCCGUGAAAUGGUGCUUUCAUGGUGGAAUGUAUUGCCAAUAUCUCAUGAUUAUGAUUCCAAAAAUAGUACUUUUCUAUCAACUUCCUUUUUUCUUUUUUCUGAGCAGCUUCAAUGCAUUCACAGGCAUAUCUGAUAACGCCUGUCUUUCCUGUGGAUUAUAAAACAAAACCAUCAUCUGUCCUGUUCAGAGAAUAUUAUUCAUGUCACAGACUUUGUUUGAAAAUUGCACGAUGUAAACCAGCAAUACAUAAAUGACAAACUAUUAGAUUUUUGAUCAUAUAAAAUGUUUUCACAUGAAACCUCUUAGCUCUGAUUAACAUUAGCU